AGUCAAAAGAAACGCGACCAGGCGGCGGCGCGUAAGCAGUAUAACAAUGAAUGGCAGAUCGGGUUGAUGAACGCACCGUGCGCUGAUCCUGGGUUCUGCUGUUACGCGUUCUUUUGCGGACAGUGCGCGGCGUACGGGCAGAGAAAACUUCAAAUGGGGCCGGCGUGGCCGUCUCAGUACACGUGCUGCAACGGAGGCACGUGUAUCUCGGGGAGGUGCGGCGAACAAUCGAACCCGGAGCUGUGUCUGUGCUGCGAGGUGGUGUGCUGUUUCCCGAGCGCCAUGGCGACGACGCGUUUCAUGAUUCAAGACGAACAACGCGUGAUGAACACUCAGUGCGACAACUGUCUGAUCGGCUUCAUGUUGCUCACCCAACAAAUUGCGUUUUGCUUGCGUUGCGUCGCGAUGGUGUCGCAAAACCCAGAUAUCGAACGAUUGGCCGACGCCGUGGAUUGCCUGGCGGAUCUCACGUACGCCAGCGUGUGCGCGUGCAUGCUCACGCAACAGCAAGUGCAAAUCAGAUACCGCGAC